AUGCAAAUUAGAUUUGAUAUUAUAAAUAACUUUUUUAUCAAGUUUUUUUUUUUUUUUCAUAUUUCAAAAUCAACAAUUUCUACUUCACGAGAUAGCAAUGAUUCUCGAAGCAGCAAAAGCAAAUGGAAAAUUAUGAGACCAACUGCAACAGGUUUUUCAAAGAAAACUUUUAAAAAGUCUUCACGACACGACAUCAUCAAAAAUUAUGCUCCCAAACUGGAUGAAAGAAAGCUUUUUGAAGGAUGCCAUAAUAUGAAAAAUAUGAAAACAAAACCAAAGGAUUUAAGCAAAUCGAAAUCGAAAUCAAUUAGCGCAACUUAUAGUAUCAGUGAUUACGAUGAUGACACAUAUGUCGAAGAUAUGACAAAUGCAUUCGCAAUAAUCUUACCGGAAUAUAUGAUCAGAUGUACUGAUGAGUGUGAUACAGUAUUUGAAAAAAUUGAAGAUAUAAUGCGACCAAAAAAUUUUUCCCAUUCGAAUUAUAAUCGUAAUGAUGAUGAGGCAACAGUAUUUGAACGAAUUACUACAGUAAUGCAUCCGGCACGUACUAAAAUAAAAACUCGGAAGCUGAAAACGAUGAAACAGCCAAUAAAAUCAACUGUUGAGAUUGUUGGAAAGAAAAACAUUAUCAUGAAUGAUACACACGGUGAAAAGAUACGUGUUGUAGCAACAAUUAAAAAAGGAGGAGAUGAUAAUCCUCUUGCAAAUGUAACAGCUAAUAAGUGUUCAAUUGUUAAAAGUGAUAAACCCUCAAGAAAAUUAAUUAAAAAAUCAAAAGAAAGUGUAAUGGAAACAUGGGAAGAUCAAUAUGGAAAUAAAAUUGCAUUGACAGAUGAUUUGAAAAAGUUAAAAGUUACAACCGAAGAAGCAUUACGUAAAAGUGAAGAUAAGGAAGUGAUAGAGAAACGUGUUAAGCGUACGAACAGAAUAGUUGCUAUUUCAAGACAAGAAGCAAUGUAUAAAAUGGAAUUGAAGAAUAAAAAAAUGAAAUCUGAAACAAAAGAAAUGGAUGACAACAAACUUUUGGAUAUACUGAAAGCUUCCAAAGCGAAUGAAUUGGAUGUGCAGUAUACACAAUAUUCUGAUGACUUAUCAUCACAAACAAAUUUAUUUGAAAUGAAAAAAAAGAGAAAGGAGAAAAAGCACACAACAACGACGCCAACAAAGCAAAUAAUUGAGAAAUCAAAAAUACCACUAAAAGAAAUUACAGAAACACCGGUGAAAUUAACAUCUACAGAAACCUCAGUGUCAACAGUUCCAGACAAAUGUCAACAAUUACAACUACCAGAUGUUAAGCAAUCCGAAAUAGAGGUUAAUUCAAUUAGUCAGAAAAAAGUCAUUGGAAAAGAAAGAAGCACAGAAGUUGAAAAGAAUGAGGAAAACGUGAAAGAAGAGAAGAAGAUGAGCCAAAAUGUGGACGAGGAUGAAGUAGUAAGCGAAUAUUUGACCACACCGUUGGACUAUUACUUGAGGGGUCAGCUAGCUAAUCGACCAUCAGAAUACGAUGACACCACACACAAUCCUGGUGAUCGAUUACGCUGA